AUGAGAGGUGGGCCCCGUGGCUCUCGACGUGCGCGCAAGGCCGCCAACGCGAGCGCCACCGCUUCUUCCGGCGAUGAGAAAAUUCGCAAGGGGAAGACAACCGGCAGUGCGAAGAAAGGCCGCAAGUGGGAUGCCGACGGAAUGGCUGACGAGGAUGACGGCACGGUGCUCGACUAUUCCGCGCCAGUCGACGAGACAGCGGCCCCGGCGGUGGAGGCUAUUGCUUCAGACUCUUGGGGACGUAGAACCGGCAAGGGUCAGUUUGUUCUGAAGGAUCUUGGCGACGAAGUCCAUUCAAUCCUUGAGAACGCAGACAAUGAAAAGGCGAAGACUUCCGCGUCGUCGGGAUUUGUGGGCUCGGGCUUCAAUGCGAUCGGCGGUCUGUUGCGCAACAUCGUCGGUGGAAAGGUUCUGACCGAGGCCGAUCUGGAUAAGUCUUUGAAGACGAUGGAAGACCAUCUUCUGAAGAAGAACGUGGCGCGCGAGGCAGCUGUCCGGCUUUGUGACGGUGUGCAGCGAGAACUGGUCGGCAAAAAGACGGGCAAUUUCCAAAGCGUGGACGCGGCCCUCCGUUUGGCCAUGGAGUCUUCUUUGAGAAACAUCUUGACGCCUACCUCGUCCUUGGAUCUGCUCCGUGAGAUCGAUACCGUCACCUCGCCGAAAACCCGUCAAGCUGCUCCGCGCCCGUACGUGAUUUCGAUUGUCGGCGUCAACGGUGUUGGCAAAUCGACCAACCUGGGCAAAAUCUGUUACUUCCUCCUGCAGAACAACUACCGCGUUUUGAUCGCUGCGUGCGAUACCUUCCGGUCCGGAGCCGUGGAGCAACUUCGUGUUCACGCUCGUAACUUGAAGGAGCUCAGCUCUCGCGAGAACGUUGGGGAGAUUGAACUAUACGAGAAGGGAUACGGAAAGGAUGCCGCGAACGUCGCCAAGGACGCCGUUGAAUACGGAGCAGCCCAGAAAUUCGACGUGGUUUUGAUCGACACCGCCGGUCGUCGCCAUAACGAUCAGCGUCUGAUGUCUUCGCUGGAGAAGUUCGCCAAGUUCGCGCGACCGGACAAGAUUUUCAUGGUUGGAGAAGCCUUGGUCGGGACGGACAGUGUGAUGCAGGCGCGUAACUUCAACCAGGCCUUUGGUACAGGGCGAAACCUGGACGGAUUCAUCAUCAGCAAGUGCGACACCGUUGGUGACAUGGUUGGCACUUUGGUUAGCAUGGUACAUGCCACUGGUAUCCCCAUCGUGUUCUUGGGCGUUGGUCAGCAUUACGGGGACCUGAGAGGGCUUAGUGUGCCUUGGGCAGUCAAUCUGUUGAUGAAGUGA